AUGAAGUCGCUCCUCACUCUUCUGCUCGCCCUGUGCCUCGCCGUCGCAAUUGCUUCGGCUUCGUUCGAGCCCGUUCGCGAUGGUCACUCGCGCGCAGCAGGCCGCACGUUCCACUUCCACAACAACUGCUCGUUCCCGGUGUGGUUCGGCCUGGUCUCGGGCGCGGUGCCCAACGGCCGCUGCUCGGCCGGAUGCCCGCAGGGGUCGUACUGCAACCCCCAGAACGGCAUCUGCUACUUCAACCAGCCCAAGCCGGCCAACGGCGACUUCAGGCUCAGCCCCAACGGCGGGUCGAACUCGGUGGUCUUCCCCUACUACAACAAUGGCCUCAACGUAGUGUGGAGCGGCGCCCUGGCCGGCCGCACGGGCUGCGAGAGCGGCACCUGCCAGACCGCCGACUGCGGACCCAACCCUGACCACGAGAGCUGCGCGCAUGGUUUCGGUCAGCCGGCCACGCAGGGCGAGUUCACGAUGCUGACGAAUAACAUCGACACCUACGACGUGGAGGUCAUCAACGGCAUCAACAUCCCGCUGGCGAUCAACCCGCUCACCUCGGCCCGCACCAACGACCCCUUCUUCUGCGGCAACCCGGGCGCCCUCCGGCCGCGCACCCCGACCGGCAGUUGCUCGUGGGACCUCUCCCCGCCCUCGCCUCACUACGUGUGGGUCACCCAGGACGGCCGUGGCUGCAGCUCUGACCGCGAAUGCUCCGGCGGCGAGGUGUGCGGACUGAGCACGCCACUGACGCUGAACUGCGGCAAGCGCUUGGGCUACUGGACGGCGGACCAGGUGUGUGGGAUGAACUCCAACUACGGCGCCCCGUUCGACUGCGCGCAGUACAGCCGGCUCUACGGCUGCACCAACGGCAUCGACUCGUGCUACCAGCCCUUCGCGACAUCGACCUGCUGCGGCUGCGCCAACUGGCAGGACCUGGGCGUGCCGGUGCCGUCGUCGGUCACGCGGUGCCACGCGAUCAACCCGACCUGGGUCAAGAACGUGCAGCCCAAGCUGCUGUGGAUGAAGAAGGCCUGUCCCACGUCCUACACCUACCCCUACGACGACAUGAGCAGCACCUUCACCUGCUCUGAGAUGGUCGGCGGCCUCAACCGCGUCGACUACGAGGUCGUCUUCUGUCCGCCCGCUGGUGAUUGUACUCCCCGUGUGGUGGUUAAUUUUUAG